CAGUUGUCACCGGCAGCGGCAGGGCCGGGCGGGAGGAGCAGCACCGUCCGCGGGACCGCCACUGCACAGAACCCCCUUCCCUCGCUCCGGCUCCCCCCGUCCCUCCGCCAUGACCACCACGGCCACGUUCUCGGGCAUGGACCCCAAUGGCAGGAACAGCUCCAGAGUCCUGCGUCCUCCUGGAGGAGGGUCCAACUUCUCCUUGGGGUUUGAUGAGCCCAAAGAACAACCCGUGCGAAGGAACAAAAUGGCAUCCAGCAUCUUUGGGACUCCUGAAGAGAACCCACCUUCCUGGGCUAAAGCAUCGGGGGCUAAGCCAGGUGAAAUCAGAGACAACUGUGAAUCAUCUGGACCACAAAGAACAAACUCAACUGAGGCAAACUGUGGAGACUUUGUAGAUCCCAAGGGAGGAGAUGUCGGUGGUGAAAUUUCUGAAAACAUUGAGGCUGAUGUAGAAGCUGCCCCAGGUCAGAGUGAAGAAAAAUCCCUGCCUGCUGCACCUGUUCCUAGCCCAGUAGCACCAGCACCUGCACCGUCCAGGAGAAAUCCACCCGGUGGCAAGUCCAGCCUAGUCCUCGGUUAAACCUUUCCCUUCCUGACUGUUUUGAACUCGUGUCUGUUUUCUUUCCCCCAUGCUUGUGAACUGCACAACUUGAGCCUGACUGUACAUCUCAAAUUUCUUUCAUUAAAAAGAAGCACUUUAUGUACUCCAUCUUUUUUUGAAGUCAAGGGUUUUUUCCACUUCUGUCCUGUGUUUCCCCCAGAUCUACUGGAAGUGACAUGAGUGUUUUCUAGUGAUAGACUUGAGGGAAAGCUUUAUGAAGUAUUGUAAUGUAAUUCAAAGGAGAGUAGCUUGGUUCUAAGUGUGCUUAGAGGGUUUUUGUACUGAGGUUUUUCUUUUUAGAACCCCUUAGCUUUACAAGGGUCUAGAAUCCUGGUUACCCAGGCCAGCAAACAAUCAGCAAGAGUGGUCCCUUCCCUCCACAUGUGGGGUUUAGGGAUCUAAAAGGCUUCAUUGACUGCAUGUGGUAAAUGCCUUGAGCCCUGCUGUGCCAUAUAAAUCAUUGAGUGGUUAAUGUACACCAUGCUGCCUUUAAAAACAAAUCUUGAUACUGGACUACUACGAUGCAGGGUCUGUGCCAAAUAGAGGGCUGAUGACCAGAGCCACCUGGCCUAGUGCUGGGAAGGGGCUGAUUCAGACUUUAUUCAGUAAAGGUGGAGUGGAUCAUAUAAAUAAGAAUUACAGGGCAUUUUUUUUUUUACAACUGACUCAAUGCUGUGCAUGAUCAUGCUGGUGCUUGACCAUGAGGUGAAAAUCUCAUCCUUUAAAAGUGUGUGUUGUAAUUUCACGGAGCUGGAUUGUUGCUUAAAAGUAAAUAAUAUAGAAAUUUUGAAGCCGU